AUGGAGAAAAGAAAAUUAUCGAAUAUCAAAUUAAAAAAACUGGACAGCAAAAAAGGUUAUCCUAACUUCAAGCCACUUCACCGAUAUAACUCUCUUAUUUAUCCUCAAUCAAUCGAUAAAAGUAGUUGUGGUUAUAAAAUAGAUAACUCUCCUCUUUUUAAAAAAAGAGAAAAUAGAGAAUUAAAGUUAACUCUUGGCCGGCAAGAAAAGAAUGUUUAUCUAACAGUUAGAAUUAGGAUGGAAAGAAGUUUCCAAGGAAACUGCAAAACCCUAACCAUAAAAAGAAAAAACAGUAAAUUUUAUGCCCUGUUCUCUUGUGAAAAUAUUCCAUUAAAAAUCCUACCUCUUACUGGCAAAAAAGUAGGAGUGGAUGUUAACUUGGAAAAGAAGUCUUACAUAACCCUAUCCAAUGGAAAGAAAUAUAAACAUCCAAACUUUUAUAAAAAGUCAGAGAAAGGUAUAAAAGAAGCCAGUAGAAAUUUAAGCAAAAAAGUUGAAGAGAAAAUGGUUAACCAAUUUAAGCAUGAAGUUCACCAAAUAACAAAUGAAUUGGUUAGAAAUUAUGAUAAAAUGGCAAUAGAAAACUUAAAAAUUAGGAACAUGAAAACUGAAAUCGUUGCUCGGCAAUUCAUUCGAGUAAAUCCUCAUAAUACUUCACAGACAUGUUCUAAUUGUAAUAAUUUAGCAGAGGAGAACAUAAUGAAAGAAAAAGACGAUCUGCAAACUGAAAAAGAAAAUUUAGAAAAAGAAUUAAUCAGAGCCGAAACCAUAAUUAAAUGUCAAAUUCGGGCUGAUGAAAUUCGGGAAAGGAUAAAAGAAAUUGAGGAGAAGCAAUUAACUAUUCACAUACAAAUUUUACAAGGUGGAGAAGUAAAUAUUGAUGCCAUGAAUAAAAAAAAUACCCCAAAAUUGGAAAGUCUAGAAAACGGAAUAGAACUUAACUCCGAACAAAAACUCAUUCAGGAAUUAGUUUUAAAAGGCGAGAGUAUCUGCUUCACGGGUUCGGCUGGCACCGGCAAGAGUUUUCUCCUGCGUCACCUCAUUACUCUCUUGCAAAAAAAAUACGGUCCCAACAAAGUUGGAAUUACUUCCUUGACCGGCACGGGUGCUAGUAUCAUUGGUGGCACCACUUUGGCUUCUUAUUUUGGUUUAAAAAGCGAUAGUCAUUUGGAUGCAGAUACUCUUUUUAAACGCAUCAUUAGCCCAAAUUUCGAGCACUCUUACCGCAAUUGGCGUCGCACCAAAGUUCUCAUUAUCGAUGAAAUUAGCAUGUUAGAUGGUGAAUUAUUUGAUAAAUUAGAAAGUUUGGCCCGGAGCACACGAAUGAACUUUUUCCCUUUUGGCAAAUUACAAUUAAUUUUAGUGGAACAAAGUUCUGGCCAGUUAGCGGAAUUAACUAAAAAUUGCUUAGCAGUAGACCAUUUACAAUUAAAAAUUGGAACCCAAGGUUAUCCGGUAGUAAAAUUCACCACUGGACAAGAAUUGGCAAUAAAGGAACAUACUUGGGAAAAAGUGGUCGGUUAUGAUGCUAAAAAUGAACCGAUUAUUACUGCUACUCGAACGCAAAUACCUUUAAUUUUAGCCUGGGCCCUGACUAUCCAUAAAAGCCAAGGGCAAACUAUUGAGCGACUAAAAGUAGAUUUAAGCAAAUGUUUUACGGCGGGGCAAGUUUACACAGCCCUAUCUCAAAAAAUAGAAAAGUCUUUCAAAUAUCGACUUUGCCUUAAUGAAAUAAUAAAAGUCAUUAUUGACAAAGAUUUAGAGAUUUGUCAAAAAGACCGAACCGAAAUCAAAUACACUCACCAGCAAAAUUCUUUGCCUGACUUAAAAAAACUUCACCCUUUCUUAAAAGAAGUUCAAAGCCAAGUAUUACAAGAUGUAGCAAGGAGAGUAGAUAAAGCUUGGCAAGAUUUCUACAAAAGGAUUAAGAGAAAAGAAAAAUUGGAGAAGUUAGGUAAGAAACUAAAAGUUGUUCAUUAUCCUCGUUAUAAACAACUUGGUCGAUAUGAUAGUUUUACUUAUACUCAAAAACAAGACCGAAUUGGGUUAAAACAUAUGCUUGACACCGGAGAAAAAAAAGAUAGUCCUUACUUUUUAGAGCAAGCCGAAAAAGUUUUGACUAAAUGGGCCAAAAAAAUUUCUCGAAAAAAGCACAAGAGAGACAAAGGGGAUAAAACUAAAAGUAGCCAAAGAUAUCAAAAAGCCAAAUUGAGAUUAGCCAAAGAAGCCGAAAAAGUGGCUAAUCAAAGAAAAGAUUUUGCCUUCAAAGAAACUGGUCAGAAGGUAGUUAAGGUUAAUCCCGCUUAUACUAGUCAAACAUGUAGUCGAUGCCAAAAAAGGCAUCCAGUUAAGCAGGAAAAAAGUGAUAGAAUAUUUAUUUGUGCUUAUUGCGGAUUAGUUCUAGAUAGAGAUAUCAAUGCUGCUAGGAAUAUUUUGUAUAAAGCACAAAUAACGGAGUUUGGAAUGAACUUCGUGAAACAGGCCCAUGCUAGGACCAAAGAGAUAGAGCGAGCAGGGGAAAAACAACGGAGGAAAGAAUAUAAAGAAAUCAAUGAUUAUUUUCACCAAAGAAAAACGGAAGAUUUAAUUAAAAAAUACGGUAAAAAGUUAGAAAAAGACCAAAAAACUUCAAGUAAUCUUAACCUCUACCAAAAACUCCAACUAAUCCAAUCCCAAAUCAAAGAACUAAUUCGCACUGAAGAAAAUAAAUUUCAAAAAUAUAAAUUUUUCAACGAAUUACAAGUCCUCAACCUAUUAAAACCCCUCUUAGAAAAAUACCACUUAACCAUUUUACUAAGUGAUGAUGAAACUAAAGAAUUUAGUUGUGAACAAAAUAAUGACCCGGCUAAAGCCAAAGGUAGUGCGGAAACUUAUGCCAUGAAAUAUUUUUUAAGUAAAUUAUUUUUGAUGCCUGUCAAAGAUGAGGGGGAUCCGGAUUAUCGGCAAGGAGAAGAAAAAGAAAUGCCAAGUAUUACUAAAGAACAAAAAGCUUUUCCUACUGAGAAAAUGGAUCAAACCCCAGAAGAAUUGACCACUAAAGCGGUUAUAUCUAUUUUGUAA